GUCGCGGGCUUCGGCGCUGCCAGACCAUUUUCCAAACAUAUAGACAUCACAGCCUUUUUCUCCACGCCUGCCUUUCUUAUUUCUUCCUCGCUACACAAUUUAAGCAUGUCCUCUUCGCAUUCUACCCUUGACGCUGCGGCGACGGACCGAAAAGCCCGCCUGGCAAAGCUCGCUUCUCUUAAACGCAAACAGCCCGAACAAGAUUCCGCUGGACAGGAUACCUCGAAGCAAGAUAGCUCAAAGGAAGGAACACCGACAGAUGUGUCUACACGAUAUUUGUCCGGAAGAAACUACGAUCCCGAGACUCGGGGACCAAAGCUUGGUUUCGAAUAUGACCCAAUAAAAGGGCAAACCACUCUGGAAGAACAAGCUUCAAGAAUCGCGAUAUCCACCGAACAAGCUGCAAAGGAGGACGAGGAAGCCGAUAAGCCGAUCGACCUGUUUAAGCUACAACCUAAAAAGCCAAACUGGGAUUUAAAACGAGAUCUAGACGAGAAGAUGAAGAUCGUAAAUGUGAGAACUCAGAAUGCGAUCGCUAGAUUGGUUCGGGAGAGGAUACAGAAUGCGCAAAGGGAAGCGGAAGGGAAGAAGAAAAAUAUGGCUUCUGAAGAUGGUGACCUAGAUGGGGAUGGCCAGGAAGUCGGCAUUGACGGAGGGGCCCUCGUUGAGGGAAUACACCUGAGGGAGAGGGAUGAAGCUGAAGAAGAGAGGAGGCAAAGGGAGGAGGACGCAGAGAUGGGUUGAUGCAGGAGUUGCGGUAUUUCGUUUUCUAUAUUUGUUUCAUUAUUCUGGAUAGCAUGCAAGGGAGUUUGUACGAGGGUUAGGAACGGCAUUACGGUUUGGGGCAUGGAACAUUAGCGAAGUAUUGAACUUUUGACAUAAAUUAAAGAAUGUUGUAAUUUAGUAUUUGGGAAUAUCUGUGAUCCAAUUUAUGACCCUUGCUUCGAAGGAACAGAAGCUCGCAAUAGGCCAUAGCAGUCGGGGCUGGAAAAUCAAAACUGGGUAUGACAAACAGAACGAAAUAAAUAAAAAGCGAUAUGCUUUUUCAGUCAAAAGUAUUUCUCUAGCUAACAUACACAACAAGUCCAUUACCUAUUCAUCAUAUUCAUCGCCUGAGUUAAC